AUGUCCCUGCUCCGCCCCCACUGGCGCUUCACGUUCCACAUCAACAUCCUGGCCAGGGAGACGCUGCUGAACCCGGGGGGGGUCAUCGACCAGGCCACGUCCAUCGGCCGUUCCGGGACGCUGCAACUUGUGGGGCGGGCGCUGGCGGCCACCACCUACACGGAGCUCUGCGUCCCCGACGACAUCGCGGAGCGCGGCCUCACCGGCGUCCCCAAUUACCACUAUGGGGCCGACGCCAUGGACAUCUGGGGGGCCAUACACAGCUUCGUGGAGGGCAUCGUGGCCCUUUAUUACCCCACGGAUGCUGACGUGGCCGACGACCCCGAACUGCAGCAGUGGGUUGGGGAGAUCUUCAUCUAUGGGGUGCUGGGCAACGAGAAGUCCGGCUUCCCCUCGAGGCUCUGCACCCGCCCCGACCUCACCAAAUUCCUCACCAUGAUCAUCUUCCGCUGCUCCGCGCAGCACGCAGCCGUCAACAGCGGCCAGUACGACUUCGCAGCCUGGAUGCCCAACACCCCCGGGACCCUUCGGCUGCCGCCCCCCGGCCCCGAGGACCCGGUGACGGCCGACACUUUUUUGGCCACUCUGCCGUCCCCCAAAGCCACCGGGGCGCUGCUGGCGCUGCUCAGCGUCGUCAGCUACGAGGUCGGAGAGAGGCGCCCGCUGGGCUGUUACCCGGAGCAGCACUUCACAGAGGCCGCCCCGCGCCGCCUGAUGCUGCAGUUCCGCCGCCGCCUGCAGCGCAUCUCCCGGCGCAUCCGGCGGCGCAACGCCGCGCUGCCGCUGCCCUACCCCUACCUCGACCCCAGCAACGUCGAGAACAGCAUCUCCACCUGAAGCCACCCCGAAUCCCCCGGCGACCCCAAAAACCCCAAACCUUUGCACCCUGUUCUGCUGCCCCUUAGGAUGCCCUCAAAGCCCCCCAGGUGACCCCAAAAUCCUCAUUCCAUCCUUCUUAGGAUGACCCCAAACUCCUCAUCCCAUAUUUCUUAGGAUGACCCCAAUCCCACCCCAUAUUUCUUCUUGGGGUGGCCCCAAACCUCUCCAUCCCAUUAUGGCCUCCCUUAGGAUGUCCCCAAGCCCCCCAGGUGGCCCCAAAAUCCUCAUUCCAUCCUUCUUAGGAUGACCCCAAACUCCUCAUCCCAUAUUCCUUGGGAUGACCCCAAUCCCAUCCCAUAUUUCUUCAUGGGGUGACCCCAAAUCUCUCCACCCUGUUCUGCUCCCCCUUACGAUGCCCUCAAAACCCCACAGGUGACCCCAAAAUCCUCAUCUCCUCCUUCUUGGGGUGACCCCAAACCUCUCCACCCCAUAUUCCUUGGGAUGACCCCAAUCCCAUCCCAUAUUUCUUCCUGGGGUGACCCCAAAUCUCUCCAUCCCAUUAUGGCCUCCCUUCAGAUGUCCCCAAGACCCCAGGUGACCCCAAAAUCCUCAUUCCAUCCUUCUUAGGAUGACCCCAAACUCCUCACCCCAUAUUUCUUGGGGGUGACCCCAAUCCCAUCCCAUAUUUCUUCUUGGGGUGACCCCAAACCUCUCCAUCCCAUUAUGGUCCCCCUUCAGAUGUCCCCAAGCCCCAUAAGUGACCCCAAAAGCCCUCAGCCCAUCCUUCUCCUCUUUGGGGUGACCCCAAACCUCACCAUCCCAUAUUUCUUGGGGGUGACCCCAAUCCCACCCCAUAUUUCUUCUUGGGGUGACCCCAAACCCCACUGCUGUCCCCACUGAGCUGUGCAAUAAAGGAGGUGCCAACCCCAAA